AUGUUUCACCCUGUAGCCGAACAAGACCCCAGCAACCCUCUGAAUCUUCCGAUCUAUGAAUGCUGGUUCUGUCCAACGAGAUGGAUAGGCUUUUCCGGCCUACUCUUUCACCUUGAAGACGGCCGCUGCGUGAAGAAGGACCGAAUCCGUACCCUCGCCUUCGAGUCCCCAGAGUAUGGCUUCUAUGGGAACCAUCUCACCGACGAUAAUCCAUUCUUCUGCUUCAAAUGCCACGCUCAAUUUCCGCAAAUUUCAUACCUUUAUUACCAUGUCGAGCGCAACUCUUCCUGCUCGCACCUGCUCGACAAAUCCGAGUGCCUAGAUGCUCUCCGUGACUUCUACAUUGAGUACUACGAGUGCCCUGGUACUGAUUACGUCCACUAUUGA